CAUUAACUUAACUUAUUAAUUCGCCAUCCAUCUUUCUCCAUCUAUGAUCUUUUUCCGUCAACAUCCAAUCAUGAGACUUGUCAAUGUGAUAACGUUGGGCAUCGAAGAAUUCAUCGACAACAACAACGCUCCCGAGUAUGCAGUCCUCUCGCAUACCUGGUCUAAGGAAGAAAUAACAUUCCAGGAGUGGAACGAUGGUAAAAAUGCCGCAAAAAAAUCAGGGUACGCAAAAAUCAGCGGGGCUUAUUGUCAAACGUCGAAGGACCGAUUAAACUAUGUCUGGGUCGAUACAAACUGCAUCGAUAAGACAAGCAGUGCCGAGUUGUCCGAAGCUAUCAAUUCCAUGUUCGCGUGGUAUCGCGCGUCGAAGGUUUGUUACGUCUACCUCGCCGACGUCACGGCAGACGGCGUCGAGGAUAUCAUGCCCGCCUUGCGCAUAAGUCGAUGGUUCACCCGCGGCUGGACCCUCCAAGAACUUCUAGCUCCGGAAAACGUUGUCUUUUUCUCCCGCGACUGGAUUCGGCUAGGAACCAAAAUAGAGCUAGCCAAAGAGAUCUCUGCCGUCACAGGCAUUCACCAGCGCUAUCUCCAAAGUUCAGAUGCCAUCUUCUCAGCAUCUGUUGCCGGACGCAUGUCAUGGAUGAGGAACCGAGUAACGACACGAGUCGAAGACAUAGCGUACUGCAUGCUAGGCAUCUUCAAGAUAAAUAUGACACUACUCUAUGGCGAAGGCGCCAACGCCUUCCUCCGCCUGCAGGAGGAGAUUAUCAAGAUCUCGGAUGAUCAGACCAUCUUCUGCUGGGGUUUCGUCUCCUCGGACGUGGUGCCGCCCACCUGGCAAAACAUCCUAGCGCCGCACCCAGCCGCCUUCUCUUACGGUCGCGGCUUCAUACCGCGCUAUGCGGACGAUGCCGCCAUCGAGCCUUACGCUAUUACCAACGCGGGCUUGUCCAUCUCCCUCCCUGUCGUGUACACAUGUGAAGGCAUCUGCGCCAUCCUGGACGUCGCCUGGGACGAGGAGACGGAGAUUGACGAGAAGAAUGAUGUCUCCCGGGCGUCUGAAGCGGAAGGACGGUCCCCUUCUACUGCCAACUGGAAGGCCCGUGGUUUUUGCGCUGCCAUCCACCUCGGUAUGGUCGGCAAUCGCGGCCACUACAUCCGCGUGCAGUAUCCGCCGGUGCCAAUUCCCAUCAUACCGUCGCGGUCACGGAGGACGAAGCAGCUGUUCUUACGCUGCCGCGGAAUCACGAAGGAUCAAAAACCUGUCUCUUCUACUACCACCGCGGUGGACAUGGUGCCCGCUACACAUACCAAUCGCCGAGGCGAAGCCCUCUUCCUAACAUUCGACCGCGCCGUCACAGUCAAGGGAACGUUUACGCCUGGCGAUGACAACACAGAUGACACCAUUGCCCCGCUAAAGCUUGAUCGGGCUGGCAGCUCUGUGUGGAUGCCACAAUUGGGCAGGGGAGAGCCCGGUGGCGAAAGACAGCGCCGCCAGGAAGCAUGCCUGUCCAUGGUGAUCGCAGAAUCACCGCUGAAAGGAGAGAAGUAUGGUGGGUGGGGCGUGGGGGCAGUCUUCAUAGCGAAGGUUUGCUCUGAUCCGGCAUCCAGCAGCGGCCGCGCUGACCGUGUUGAGGCGAGAGAGUGGUAUACAGAAGUGGCAGGCGUACAGGAGACCGCCACCUUGCAGAGGCGAGCGCCGCCUACCUCUACGUUGUCGGGAACGCUUGAGAAGAUCAAGAACAUGCCGCCGACCAGCUACGGCCCCUUCUCGACCACUAUCAUCACGCAGCUGCCUCGACUAGGAGAGUUACGCCAAACCCGCCGUGGACGAGGCUGCACAUCGAACUUUCGGGUGGAGGAGCUGACAGCUUAAAGAAAAUGGUAUUAGAUGACUUGGUCAGAGUCUUCGAAUCCGGCAACGGCCAACGAACGGGCAAACCAGCCCAGUCAAGGGGAACUGAGGUGGAGCAGAUGUUACGGUAUCCAGCGCUACUGGCAUUCACGAACCAUAAUUACUGCGAUCCCAGGGACUGUGCUUUACAUCAUUCGUUUUUCUAGGGCGGCUUCCGUCGUCUAUGGGAUGCAGCUUGCCGUCGUUAGGCCGGCUGCGCAUAUACCUAUAAAUCAAAACUAGCAGUACGUCGUGCAGAGUUGGAUUUUAAUUGAAAUAGGCUCUC